AUGCUCCGCUGUUCGAGUCACGCUAUACCAACCAAGCAUCUUCCAGACUUGAAGCUGGCCAAUAUCCUCAUGAGCUUCGAGAACGAGAACGUUCUUGCAUCCUUCAUCAACCAACAACGGGAGCAGCAAAUGGAGUACAAGAUCGACUCCACUGCCGGCCGCGCAGUCUACCGCUGCCACAAUGACUUCGGCCGCAUCGAUGGAAAAGAGGUGAAGCACAUGUAUCCCCGGAUAACCGAUUUCGGGUUGGCAACGCGGCUCGACGAACCCUCUGCCCCCGCGAGGGACGGCAUGGUCGCACAACAGCUAGGCUUGUAUCCAAUCCAACCAGAUUACUACCGUGCACCGGAGGUCAUCCUCGGCUGUGGCUGGGACUUUAAGGCUGAUAUCUGGAACUUUGGCGUGCUCAUGUGGAAUAUCAUAGGCGCCACGGAGCUUUUCCAGAAGGUACAAGAUGCACAGGGACAGUACGACGCAAAGUCACAUCUCGCAGAGAUUGUGGCCCUCCUGGGUCCACCGCCAAAGGAAUUGCUCAAACGGUCAAACUUCAUGUCGCAGCAUGACUGGCCUUCACCACUCAUAACAGAGGAAGGCAAUACAUACCGUAAUGCACGCGAGUGCUUUGGUGGGCCAUUCUUCGAUGCAGAAGGCGCGUUCAUAGACCCCGACUCGGUGCCUAUCCGGAAUCUGGAAGAUACCAUUUCAUUUCUAGAGGACAAAGAUAGGCCCGCAUUCCUCUCAUUUGCCCGCGAUAUGCUCGCUUGGGAUCCGGCGAAAAGAAAGACGGCGCGCGAGCUAAUGGAUCACCCUUUCCUCAAACUUGACAAAUGA